AGGCUCAACAUCGUGCGGCCUGUAACAAUGAAGUUUUCAUUUUUCUUUUUUGUGUGUACCGAAGUGCCCUUCUUCUCUUUCAAACGAAUCAAACCCAACCUCUGACUUAUCCUCCUUUCUUCUCUGUGCAAAAUCCAGCAUUUUUGAAACAGAAAACCAAUUCUCUAUAGCCCAAGGCUUUAUGGCAGUAGUUUCAAGUGCUCAUUCAACUAUCUUCUCCAAAACCUCGCUUUUUCACCACAUUAAUGGUUUCAAACGCUUCACUUUUUGCUUACCCUUUUCUACUUCUGCUGCUGUUUCUCUUUCUGCUAAGAAGAAGUGGAGACAACCAGUGGCUUCUUCAGUGCUAGAGCUUGGUGGAAACAAAAUUGCUAAAGAUGAUGUGGUGAGGGAUGACCCAACGAACAAUGUUCCAGACACGAUGUUUUCAAAACUGGGAAUGCAGCUCCACAGAAGGAAUAACCACCCUCUUGGGAUUUUGAAGAAUGGAAUAUAUGAGUAUUUUGAUACUAAUUACCCAAACAUGUUUGAUAAGUUUGAUGAUCUCUGCCCAAUUGUUUCAGUAAAACAGAAUUUUGAUGAUGUCCUGGUGCCUGCUGAUCAUGUAAGCAGGAGCUAUAAUGAUACAUACUAUGUUGACUCUCAAACUGUGCUGAGGUGUCAUACAAGUGCUCAUCAAGCAGAGCUGUUGAGAAGGGGACACACUCAUUUCCUUGUAACUGGUGAUGUGUACCGUAGAGACUCUAUUGAUUCUACCCAUUACCCUGUGUUUCAUCAGAUGGAAGGGGUUCGUGUUUUUACUCCUGAUAAUUGGGAGGCAUCAGGUCUGGAUCCCACAUCAUAUGCAGCUGAGGACUUAAAGAAAAGUCUAGAGGGCCUUGCUCGUCACUUAUUUGGUGCCGUUGAGAUGCGUUGGAUCGAUGCCUAUUUUCCAUUUACAAAUCCUUCUUAUGAACUUGAAAUCUAUUUUAAGGAAAAAUGGAUGGAGGUUUUGGGUUGUGGAGUGAUGGAGCAAGAAAUAUUGAAAAGUAAUGGUAGAUUAAACAGUGUUGCUUGGGCCUUUGGACUUGGAUUGGAGCGGCUUGCAAUGGUUUUAUUUGACAUACCGGAUAUUCGGCUUUUUUGGUCAACUGAUGAACGAUUUACCUCACAGUUUUCCCAAGGCCAAAUGGGAGUGAAGUUUAAACCCUUUUCAAAGUAUCCUCCCUGUUAUAAAGACAUCAGCUUUUGGAUCAAUGAAUCAUUUACUGAGAACAAUUUAUGUGAAGUUAUAAGAGGAAUAGCUGGGGAUCUUGUUGAAGAGGUGAGUUUGAUAGAUAACUUUCCCAACAAGAAAGGGAUGACAAGUCAUUGUUACCGGAUUACAUAUCGGUCCAUGGAGCGUUCACUCACAGAUGAGGAGAUUAAUGACCUGCAGUGGAACGUGAGAGAACAGGUGCAGAGCAAGUUAAAUGUUGUCCUAAGAUGAUCGUUAUCGAUACCUACACAAAGUGCAAACAUAUUUUUCUCUAUUUGAGUUAUAGGUAUUGCAUCUUGAAAAUGAUCAUACUGCACAGUUUUCAGUUAUUUAUUGCUGUUGUAAGGUUUUAGGCUGGUUAAGUCAUGGAAUAUACACAAGAAUUCUACAAUUGUAUUCCGUUGACUGUUCCUUGACGAUAAAGCAUUUUUUUUCAUCCUUCUUCUAAUAAUAUUGUCAUAUAUACAUUGUUAUUUUGCUC